CUGUUGCUGAAUUAAAGUACCAUUCUUGGUAUUACAAUAAUUUUCUCCUUUGUCUUUGAAGAAUCUUCGAUCCUUCGACAUGGUGAAUAUUACUAUAAACAAUCACUUCGGUGAUAAGGAGCCUGCAACAUUAUCAUUAACUAAUAUUUCCGAUGAUAUUACUAUAUCUAGUAUUUGCAUUCUGAUUGAGAAUCAGUUCAAAUGUAUGAAAAACGACUACAAUGAUGAGCGCGACCCAGAGGAGAAGUUUGUACUUUACUUAGGCCAUCAAGAAUUGGAGAAUGUUAAACAAUUGAGUGACUACAACUCAGUUGGUCUUCGUGAACUGGCAUUCUAUCUUUACGAGCGUCAAUAUCUUAACGUUACUGUACAUUUGAUUAAAUAUAUCAGUUGCUGCGGUCUUUACUUCAGUCCUACUUUUGGGAAGUUGUUUGCCAAGAAGCUUACUCUCAAGGUCCUUGACCACGAAAAUGUGCUUAAGCUGCGGAACAUUUUGUUAGGUUAUUUGGACGGAUACACCAAUAACAAGGGAGAGCCUUUGACUGUUGAUACCAUUCGUUUGGUUAAUAAUCGUUAUUUGAUGGAAGAUGACCUCCAGCCUCUUAAAGAAGUGAACGAUGGCAAAGACCUUACCCUAACCCUAUGGAUGCCUGUUGGUUACGCCGUUCGUCCUCCUGUUUCCCUGCCAACUAUGGGUCCUGACAGUGCUACUGGCAUUGGUCACGUCGCCACUCCUGAUGACACUAUGGCUCCCGAACAAGGCCCUGUCGAAGCUGUGCCGGUAGUUGCGGAAGUCGAAGCAUCCCCCGCUCCAGAAGAAACCGAAUCGUCUGAAACGCCUGUAAACGUCCCUGAGGGUGAAGCUGAAAAGGACGUCGACAGUGCUACUGCAUAGAAAUAGUGUCACAAAUAACCUAUUCCCUUUUAUUUACUAUGCUUGCAC